AUGAACUUAUCACUGCAAACACUAGCUGCGGAUGGUUUACAACUUACUUCUUCUAUCUUUUUGGCAUUAUUGUCUACUUUAGUAUUAUCAUCUAUAGCACAAGAUCAAUAUAAUAAAAAGGCAUUUGAAGAUUUAGUGCAACAGAUUAUCAAAUGUGAUAUUAAUUCAGCUGAAGGUAUUGAAUAG